AUGGGGAGUAUCGCGACUGCAUCGCAGGAGGCACGUCUGCUCUGUCGCCAGAACACACUCACCAACACCGCAGGGGUGGCGCCAGGAUAUUUACAAGCCAAUCUGCUGGUGCUUCCUGUUCAAUAUGCGGCUGAUUUCCACGAUUUAUGUUUGCGCAAUCCAGUGCCAUGUCCACUGUUGGGAAUGACCGCAGUUCCCGGUAGCCCAAGUGCCAUUCGCCCGGCCGAGUGUAUUCAGUCGGAGGAUUUCGAUAUUCGCACGGAUUUUCCCAAGUAUCGAGUAUAUUCAAAAGGGAAAUAUAUUGAGAGCCGUCGGGACCUGCUGGAUGUGUGGACCAAGGAUCAUGUUGGCUUUCUGAUUGGGUGUUCGUUCUCAUUCGAGGAUGCCCUCACGGCAGCUGGUCUGCCACCGCGUCACCAGAAGACUGGCACGAUAGUUGCCAUGUACCGAUCGACCAUUCCCUUAUUACCCGCCGGGAUAUUCACCGGGGGAAGUUGCAUUGUAUCAAUGCGACCGUAUCGCCCGGAACAGAUCGAGAAAGUCCGGGAGAUCACACGCGCCUAUCUAUCAACACAUGGAGAACCCGUCGCCUGGGGAUGGGAGGGCGCAAAGCAACUGGGGAUUCUGGAUGUCGCAAAGCCUGACUUUGGCGAGCCACAGCAAUUUGAGGAGGGUGAAGUGCCGGUCUUCUGGGCGUGUGGAGUAACACCACAGAUAGCUGUGGAGGCAGCAAGAGAUAGAAUCGACGGUCUGGUCUUUUCCCAUGAGCCAGGCCAUAUGCUGGUGACAGAUUGGACAGCAGGUGAUUUGCAGAAACUCAAGCCUGGAAGCAUCUAG